CCGGUUUGGAUGAAGAGAAAAAAAAGAUCUAAUAAUUUGUAGCGCGAAUGUGAUACGACAUAUCGUUCUAAACGAAGUUGUGCCACGUCAUCAUCAGUUCCUACUGUUAGUUUCAGUUGUUUCUUAACUUAAAAUGAAAAGGAUAAGCUGAUGCCAAACAGCCCAUCCCUUUCCUUCUCUCCCUCAAAAAUCCUCCAUUAAUGGAACUCUCCAAUCACUUCAUAUCCAUUAAAAAAUCUCCGAUUCUCUUCUUCACCACCAAACCACCCUUCUCCAACAAAGCCCUAACAAAACCCUUUGAUUCACACUCACCGAAACUCCCUCCUCCAGCUCACUCACUCCAACUCGAAACCCUUAAAACCCUAGAAUGGAGUUCCCUCUGUAACCAACUCACUCCCUUCACUUCGACUUCGAUGGGCCAAUCGAUCACUCGAAACGCAAAAAUCCCAAUUGGCAAGAGCAAAGAAGAGAGCCAGAAGCUUCUAGACCAGACUGCAGCUGCAUUGGCUGUGAUGGAAUCUGGACCGUUGGAUUUUUCAGGGAUUGAGGAUAUAACGCGUAUUCUGGAUUCUGCUAUUUCGGGGACCUUGCUUACGGUUGGAGAAUUAUGUGCUGUGAGAAGGACGUUGAGAGCUGCUAGAGCUGUGUUGGAGAGGUUAAGAGAUAGUGGAGAUUGCUCGGAGAGGAUCUCAUUGGUCUUGUUGUAUUUGAAUAGGUAUGCUCCACUGCUUGAAAUACUUCAGAAUUGCAGUUUUCAAAUAGAGUUGGAGAAGAAAGUUGGAUUUUGCAUAGACUGCAAUCUUUCAAAAAUCCUUGAUAGGGCCAGUGAAGAUUUGGAGAUCAUUAGGUCUGAAAGGAAGAGAAACAUGGAAAAUCUGGAUAGGCUGUUGAAGGGAAUAUCAGCUCGGAUUUUUCAAGCUGGGGGUAUCGACAAACCUUUGGUAACGAAGCGCCGCUCCCGGUUGUGUGUGGGAGUCAGGGCUUCUCACAGAUAUUUGAUUCCAGAUGGUGUUGUUUUAAAUGUUAGUAGUUCCGGUGUAACAUACUUUAUGGAGCCUGGUGAGGCAGUUGAAUUGAAUAACUUGGAAGUCAUGCUUUCAGACUCUGAGAAAUCUGAGGAAAUAGGCAUUUUGAGCUUGCUUACAUCUGAAAUAGCAGAAUCAGCGAGGGACAUAAAAUAUAUGUUGAAUGGAAUUAUAGAAGUUGAUCUUUCUUUUGCUAGAGCUGCUUAUGCUUACUGGAUGAAUGGGGUCCGUCCAAUAUGGACUUCAGAGGGAUGUGGAGGCAUUUCUUCCAGUGGAGGAGAUUAUUUAUUAUCAAUAGAUAUUGAAGGUAUACGACACCCAUUACUCCAUGGGACAUCUAGAAAAUGCCUGUCCAAUAUUCUUGGAUCCAAAUCAUUGAAGUCCAUGGAGGUGGAUGAGGAUAGCAUGCUAGAUACCGGAAAACCUUCCAAAAAUGUAUCUGAAUUUCCUGUGCCAAUAAACAUUAAAGUGGAAUGUGGAACCAGAGUGGUUGUGAUAUCAGGACCAAACACUGGAGGGAAAACUGCUUCAAUGAAAACUCUAGGUGUGGCAUCUCUCAUGUCAAAGGCUGGUUUAUAUUUGCCUGCUAAAAACACCCCAAAGCUUCCAUGGUUUGAUUUUGUUCUAGCAGAUAUUGGGGACCACCAGUCUCUGGAACAAAAUCUCUCAACUUUUAGCGGGCACAUAUCACGGAUUUGUAAGAUCUUGGAAGUGGCUUCAAAUGAAUCACUUGUCCUCAUUGAUGAAAUUUGUAGCGGAACUGAUCCUUCUGAGGGAGUGGCACUUUCAACCAGCAUCUUGCAUUAUCUGAGAGAUCAUGUUAACUUAGCUGUUGUGACAACUCAUUAUGCUGAUUUAAGUCUCCUGAAGGAUAAGGAUAGUCGAUUUGAGAAUGCAGCCAUGGAAUUUUCUCUUGAAACAUUACAACCUACAUAUCAGAUACUCUGGGGAUGUACUGGUGAUUCAAAUGCAUUAAGCAUUGCUAAAUCAAUUGGUUUUGACAGUAAUAUAAUUGAACGAGCACGGAAGUGGGUGGAGAAGUUAGUUCCUGAAAAGCAGCAAGAGCGAAGUGGCAUGCUGUAUCAAUCAUUGUUGGAGGAAAGAAACAGAUUGGAAGCUCAGGCCAGGAAAACUGCAUCUCUUCAUACAGAAAUUAUGGAGCUUUACCAUGAGAUUCAAGCUGAAGCUGAAGACCUUGAUGGGCGUGUAAAAGCUCUCAUGGCAAAGGAAACCCAACUGGUCCAACUGGAACUGAAGGCUGCAAACUCGCAGAUUAAAACUGUGGUGCAGAAUGUUGAAGCUCAGCUCAGAAAAGCCAGUCCAGAUCAGUUCAAUUCACUGAUUAAGAAAUCAGAAUCUGCAAUUGCAUCUAUUGUUGAAGCUCACUGCUCAAGUGACAGUCUUCCUGCCAGUGAAACAGAUAUGAGCUCAUAUUCCCCACAACUUGGGGAGCAAGUUCUUGUAAAGAGACUUGGAAACAAGUUAGCUACUGUAGUUGAAGCACCUCGUGAUGAUGAGACAGUUUUAGUUCAAUAUGGUAAAAUAAGAGUUCGAAUGAAGAAAAGUGACAUUAGAGCAAUUAAAAGUGAUAAAAAAAGCAAAGCAACCAUUUUGGUCCCUAGUUUGAAGAGACAGGUAAAGCAGAGUUUUUCAGAGCUCAACAAAGAUGAGGAGGUUUCUCAUGGCCCACGAGUGCAGACAUCAAAGAACACUGUGGAUCUGCGAGGCAUGCGAGUGGAAGAAGCUGCUCAGCACCUCAACAUGGCCAUAUCUGCAAGAGAGCCACUCUCAGUUAUUUUUGUUGUGCAUGGCAUGGGCACUGGAGCUGUUAAGGAGUGCGCACUGGAGGUACUAGGUGAGCUUAAACCGGCACACAAAAUUUUCUAUGCCAAGGAAACCAACCUUGUGACCUUAGCCAGUUAGGCGGAAUGUCCUCUUGUUGGUGAAUAUUGUUCUUUUCAUCCUCGUAUGACUGUUGCUGCACUAAAACUAGGCCAGCCAAUACCACCACCAAUUUCACCUCCACUAGCAACUUCUUUCCCCCCUGCUGCACCAUUACAAAGGCCAAUAUCAAUUCCAAGGUUGCCACUAACUUGUCCAACAUCGAAAUUGCCGCCACUUCCCCAUGACCAUGUUUCUUGAAGAUCCAGGCUAUGAGGUUUGCGAGUUCCUUGAUCCUUGUCAGUGAGAACCCUAUUGGCGGAAAGGAGUCAAAAUCCUAGAAUUAGAAUCAAUUAGGCUAAGCAAAGAUAGUUUAGACACUACUAUUUUUUGGAUUAUUUUCAUGCUUUGAAUGGCUUUUAGCAGGCAUGGAGGAAAACUGCUUAAUUUAUAGGGUGCAAAUCGAUAGUGUAUAGUGCAUGGUUUUCUUG